AUGGCAUCCGAAAAUAAAUUCACCACAUCUGAAUUUGAACUUCUCAACGAAACAGGUCAAGGCACCUUGUUCGCCAUCAAGAAAGACGGCGAUCCUGGCGUAAAAUACAUUGCUCAGCCCCACGGCAUUCUGAAUGGAUCCAAUGUUGAAGGCGCCGACAAGCAGAAGAUUGUUGACGAAACGGUGGCAUUUUACAACCUCAUGUACGACUUGCAAGUCGGCUCUACUAUCGCUCAAAUCUUCAACCACGAAAACAUCGUCUCCAUCGCUGGCUACAUAACAACACAUCCCGUGACGGCAGCUUCAGAGCGCGCCCAUCUCGAGGAGUACAUCGUAUGGGACUAUUGCGACGCCUCAAAUCUCAGUGCGCUUUUCCAAAGCAAGCCCUAUUCGUCCACCAAAUUUUAUCUGCCCGAGUCACUCUGCUGGCAUGUCUUGACGUCGCUGCUCAGCGCCAUCACGUACCUCCAUGACGGAAAGCGGCUCUUUCUAGACACAAAGGCAGCGGCGGGAGAAGAAAAGAGGUGGGAGUCGGUGGAUCAAGACUGGCACCCGAUCCUGCACCGGGCGAUUGAACCAAGAAACAUCUUCUUCCAGCAUCCUCGUGGCAUCGAGACGUACGGGCUGUGUAAGCUGGGCAACUUUGAGCAUGCGGUGGUGACGAACCAUGUGAUUACGCCCAAUGGAGGAUAUGCCACGGGGCAGGACGUUGAAAUCAGCAGAGCGAUGGCCCCGUAUCGUGGACUUGAGACGUUGGAUAUGACGCGCCAUCAGUUGCUUGAAAGCACUGAAACGUAUACAGCGAUGGCACGAUGGGAGCUGACCAUGGCACAGGAGAACCGCCCUUAUACCGUCGCCGAUGAACUCUUUUCUAUUGGGUCCGUCAUAUUCACCAUGAUGACCGGGCGGAAACCAGUCACGUCCUACGAGAACUACCGCCGGUGUCACAUCACGUCGUCUUCUCCUCAAGACAGCGAGCAAACAUCUUGCGACCAACAAAACACUACACAAUUGGAACUCCAUCCACAGCCACGUCACCCCAGCUGCCACGAGCCAGCCAUCAACACCGACAGUUAUCUGGUCAGGGCGCAAUAUUCGGAACAACUGCGAGACAUGGUGCGAUGCCUGCUUGAGUGCGACCAAGGCAGCCACAAGGCGCAGAUGGACAGAGUUCUGCCGACAACCAUGCUCGCAAUGCAGCGCUAUCAGCACUGGAAGCUUCAUAGCGUGCAAGGGAAGCUGUACAAGGACAUUGAGGACGACAUGGCAGCGAGAUGCGGCGCCAAGAUGCGGAUGGAGAGGUAAAAUGGGGCCUUGGUUCCUCGGUCCAUGUCUGUGGAGCGUCUGCCUCUGGAUCUAAUAAAACGGGCAUCAUUUAGCUUGCAUGCCGCUAAAGAAAGAUGGUGCGUCGAGGGAUAUUCGCGCAUUCGUUUGCUCAGAGUGCGGUGCGGUUAGUUGCUCGUAUGCGAUGAU